AUGGAGAUUCUUCGCAAAUUCGGUACCAAGCGGUCUAAAGCAUCUGCCUCAACACCAGCAGGAGUAAGUGCAAGAGCAGCAUCCCCAACAUCAAAAACCGCAAGACCGUCUCCCUCUUUCCGAUCGCCCAUCGGCCGACCCAUGUCCAGCAACCCCUUCGCCGCCACCACUACGCCGACUCGGAGACCACCGCCACCCGCAAACGACACGAGGGGAGCGCCCCCUCCAUACUCGGCAGCCCCGAACAGCCCAGCAGAUCUCGCCUCACCGAUGCAAGUUGCCGACGACUCCCCUUACGCUUUCCUACGCGAGUUCGACACGGUCUUUCUGAUCGACGACAGCGGAAGCAUGGCAGGGCGGAGCUGGAGAGAGACCGCGGCCGCGAUCAGCGCGAUUGCUCCGAUCUGCACCACGCACGACGCGGACGGGAUCGACAUUUACUUUCUGAACCACCGCAACCCUACGAACUCGCGCUUGGGCGGGUACACCAACGUCACCACCACUGCGGCCGUGCAGAAUCUGUUCCAGAGCGUGCGGCCGCUGGGAGGCACUCCAAUGGGAACGCGGCUCAACCAUCUUCUCAAGCCGUAUCUAGCUGAAGUGGCGGAGUCGCUUGAACGACAGGCCCACGGUCACGACGCUACGGUCAAGCCGCUCAACAUCAUCGUCAUCACCGACGGCGUGCCCAGCGACGAUGUCGAGUCGGUGAUUGUGAGUGCGGCUAAAAAGUUGGAUUCGUACGGGGCAGAGCCGUGGCAAGUCGGGAUCCAGUUCUUCCAAGUCGGGCGGGAGCCAGAAGCGGCUGAGAACUUGACAGAAUUGGACGAUGCGCUUUCUGGGCAAUACGGCAUUCGCGAUAUGGUUGACACGGUGCCCUGGACGGGGAAUGAGGGCCAGGAACUUACGGCACAGGGAUUGCUCAAGGUAUGCUUGGGGUCCGUGGUGCGCAGACAUGAUCGACGGGCUGUAUAA